AUGGCCUCAUCUACCGAUUACCACGCAGACAGUACACCGGGGACAACAAGUAACAUGGAACUUAGAAUCAGAGAGUAUCAAUUGGAGAUGUUGAACGAGAGUUUGAAACGUAAUGUUAUCGUUGUGUUCGUAUGGCUACUUUGUCCCACCGUUGCUUUAUCUGAGCAGCAUACACAUACAAUACGCAACCGUGUUCCUUCCAUGUGGUGCAGAGGGUUCACCAGUAGAGAUCAGGUGGAACACUGGAAAGACAAGGCAAUAUGGGAUAAUGCCUUGUCGGGAAUAAAGAUUGCAGUUUCAACAUAUCAGGUUCUAUAUGACGCACUAACCCAUGGUUUUGUUAAAUUGAGCCAAAUGUCUUUACUCAUAUUUGAUGAAGCCCACCACUGUAAAAAGGAUCACGUUGCAAACAAGAUAAUGCAGGUCCACUACCAUAAUCAGCCCCAAAGUGGUGUGCAGAACCUACCGAAGAUACUUGGUCUUACUGCUUCUCCUAUCUUAUCCGACUUGUCAUCUUUGGAGAACGUGGAAAGCAACCUGGGCAGUAUAUGCAAGACUCCUCGCCAAUACUACGCGCAACUCCUCCAAUUCACAAACCGGCCACUUAUUCUGCCGCGCCUACCUUCUUAUACGAUUCCGGACUGCUCUGUCAAGGCACCAAUACUAGAAAAGUUAUGUGGUAUUUUGUCCUCUGAAGAUGAAGUACCAAGUUCAUCGAAGAUGAGGAGCAAGCAGCUAAAACAUAUUAGACGCUUCAUACAAUCUUCGGAAAGCAUUAAUCAGGAGCUUGGUAUUUGGGCCGCGACAGAGUACAUGCGAAAAUCGAUCAUGCAUUUCAAAGAAAGCAUGCGAAUGAGCGCUGAAAAGACAAAUAUCUCCAAUCAUGGGAAAGACUUCGCAAUGGAAAUUCUUACUAGAUUGGGUAAAUUGCAGGACUGUAGCGCGGCAAUGCAACCAGAAGAAAUCUCACCAAUGUGUCAGUGUCUAUUGGAUGAGCUUUCAAAGGCAUACAGAGAAGGGUUCUGCGGUCUGGUGUUCGUCAGGCAGCGAGCAACUGUACUUGCAUUGAAAUGGCUGAUAGAGAACCAUCCACUUACGAGCCGCCUAUUUACUUGUGGAACAUUCAUUGGUAUGUCAACGACACAGUACAGCAAAACAGAGCUCGGAAAUCUCCAUGACAUCCGAAAUCAGACAGAAACGCUAGAAAAGUUCCGGCAAGGCUCUCUAAACCUAAUCAUAACAACCGAUGCUCUGGAAGAAGGCAUUGAUGUACCAGCAUGCAAUACAGUGCUGAACUUCAACUGCCAGCUAUCCUUGAAAUCCUUCAUUCAGCGACGGGGACGUGCACGAAGGGAGAAUUCCCAGUUUAUUAUCAUUAUGGAAGAUGAGAGCGGCCCAAGGUACUUGAAACGACUCGAGAUGGAGGAAAUAGAGCUAGUUCAAAAGUUGCAAAAUGCUGAGCGAAGGCAAAUACCAGCUAAUGAGCUGGACUUCGAUAAGUACGAGAGGAUUUCGUUCUCCCUUGACAUUGACAGGACCGGAGCUCGGCUGAUAAUGCGGGAAGCGGUCGGCUAUUUGUAUAACUUUUGUUCAAAGCUACCUGCCCAGCCGUAUGUCAGCAACAAGCCCCUAUUCACUUAUGAGCGCAAUAACUACGGCCGAUUCAGGGCGGUAGUUAAGUUGCCAAGCAACCUCGACCCUUCCCUUCAGUCAUUUUCUAGCUCAAGAAGUUGGUCCAGACUCAAGUAUGCAAGGGAGGACGCAGCAUUACAAGCAUAUAAAGCGCUUUACCAGGCUGGCCUUGUCAACGAUUACUUAGUUCCCACUCAGGUCUCAGACCAUUUGGAAGGGGAUAUCAUAUUCCGGUCCCACUACAGCAUUCAGAACCAGCUGGAUCCUUGGCAGGAUAUUGCUCUUUCAUGGAAACUUGACAGUCAGCUGUAUGCUCACAACCUACGAAUCAUAAGACCAGAAGAGGACGAAAUCCAUCUACAUAUGAUUCUUCCAACUCAGCUUGACACAACAAUUCACAUUCCUCUUUUCAUUGAUUAUUGCACAACCUAUACUGUCAUUCUCACGCCGGGGCAUCCAAUCACUACAGACGUUUCACUUUGCCAGCAAGUGACAAACCUGAUCUUCCAGUCGGUUUACCGAGACCAUUGUUCUCGCAAAAAUCUAGACUAUGCGUUUCUUCUUGUCCCAGGAUUGGAAGAAACGAAGUUGAUAGAGUUCCUCGAGAGGUAUUCUGGAUCAGUCAGCCUGACUGAGCUUCUGAAUCAGGAAGCUACGCCGAGUGCGCUUGGAUUGCUUCGCAGUCAUACGAGACCCAGUCGACCACUUUUGGUAGAGCCCUGGGUAGCAGGAGAGUGCUUCUUAUCUGAUGAGUUGUCCAUUUCGUCAUUCGAUGCCAAAGUCAAAUACAUGACCAAUCGCCGGAACUUUCUCUCUCAUGGAAAUCUAGCUGCUGGGAAAUCAACAAAUUCUGAGCCCAGGAUAGGUCUUGAAGCUAAUGUGAAAAGCAUGUCUGUCGCCCUCUUUACACCAAGCAUAUCCCACGAGGUGGAGGAAUUAUCUCUACGAUCAGUGACGCCUUGGAAACGAAUUGAUCUAUUGGCUAUUGCUAUCAGGCCUACAAGUAUUGAGCAUCGAGCCACCUUCCGCUCAUUAGCCUUCAUUGGUGAUGCAUUCAUGAAGUACCUCUUCGCAAUGCAACUGUUUUUGCACCAUCAUUUGUGGCAUGAAGGUCUCCUGUCCUCGUUGAAGCAGAAGAAUCUGUCUGAUGCGGGUCUUGCACAUGCUAUACAACAAUCUGGCCUUGGAAAAUUUCUCAUAAGCAAACAUCUCAAUGGGAAACGAUGGGUGCCACCGCUUGUGUCGGGGAUAGAACCCGCCAGUAAUGAAGCUAGGCAGCGAUCCAUCGGUGCGGCUACGCUGGCAGAUAUGACGAAAGCAGUUGUCGGGGCUGCCUUCAUAGAUGGUGGACUGAAUCAAGCUGCUGCAUGCGCAUCAGUUAUGUUUCCCAAACUCAAGUCCUGGAAUGCAUCGUCUCUGCAUGAUGGUACUUAUUCCAAGACUAGACCGGAAAAUGCAGUUGCUUCAACAGCAAUAGUCGAUAUGGAAGAACUCCUUGGAUACACUUUCACCGACAAAUCCCUGGCUGUGGAAAGCAUGACACAUCCAUCUUGCACUGGUCUUGUUCAAACAACAUCUUAUCGGCGUCUCUCAUUUCUCGGAGCCAGCGUGCUAGAAUGGAUCGUCGUAAGCUAUCUACAUCGACAUGCACAAGUGAUGAAUCCAAAAAGGAUGCAGUCCUUGAAGUCCGCGUUCACCAACAACACAUUUCUGACCUUUAUAGCGAUAACAUUCAACCAAGUAAGGAAGCAAAAUCAUAUAGAGGUUGAUGAUGAACACAAGGUUCAUAGAAACGUGACGACAUGCUCAAUUAGACUCUGGGAUUUUCUUCGCUUGCAUAGCGAUGCGUUAUCCGCCGAAUUAUCAGACUUUGUUCAGAAGUCAUCUGAGAAGGUGGAUGCCAUCAAGCAUGAACUAUGGGAGCAGCGAUUUUACCCGUGGGUGCGGCUGAGCGCACUUGGGGACAUGCGAGUGUUGUCUGAUAUCAUUCAGAGCAUUUUUGGUGCUGUCUUUAUCGAUUCUCAAGCAACCCUAGCAUCCUGCGAUGCCCUGGCAGAGAAACUCGGAAUCGUGCCGCUUUUGGAGCAUUUCAUCUCCCAUCAAAUCACUACAGACCAUCCAAAAGACACACUACAGGCCAUCCUUCCAGGACGCAAAGUUUCUUAUCAGAUCUGUGUUGACAAGGAGCAUCCCGGGACACUGCGGUGUUCUGCUCUGGCUGACUCCUCGGAAAUUGCCUCAGUAGAAGGCCAAAUGAAUGAUGAGGUAAUAAAGAUGCAGGCAGCUGAAACGGCUGUUCGUCUGCUGCGCAAGGGGUUUGCUUUAUCGAGACAUCUUUUCCCAUGCAACACCCGAGGCACUAUAUAA